UCUCCCUCUGCCACUGGUGCUCGCACGCCCCAUUUGAAGCCUCCGGCAAACCCUCCAGGAACGGAACCCAUGUGGUAGCCCGAAGCUGAGGCCGAGAGAAAGGCGCACCCCCGGCGGAGAAACAAGGGAGAUGGAUGCGGAUAAGUCGUUGUAUGCUGAAGUCCAGCGGCCAUGGCAACGAACUCGUCGCAAUCGAACGCAACACUCGCUGACCACACGCGUGGCUUGCCGGCAAUAAACGCGGCACGGCGCGUACAGCGCGAGUCUGCGUGGACUUCAUGAAAGGAUGCAGAUGACGAUGGAAAAGCACGUCGGCCAUGCUGGAUGCCAGUCCAGCAAGAGGUCUUGCUGAGGCGCAAUGCUGACGACUGGAUUGAAACAUCCGACGUCGCUUUCGGGAAACUUUCGUGAUCUACACGUCAUACUGACCCCCUCUACUGUCAGCUCUGGAACCAGCACUGUGCACGUGAGGAGGAGGAAGAGGAGGAGGAGUGCGCCAAAAUGCAGGAUAAUGUAUGCGAACACCUCAGCCUCAGCGGUCACCGUUUAAAGAGCCGGACUGGAUUACCAAAUGUGCUAGGAGGGCUGGCCGGGGAUCGGCUGGACCCAGGCGCGAAGCCGAAACUUAUAAGUAAAGCUGUAUAGAGGAAAGGAGACGACACGCGGUGUGCCAAGGGAAGGAAUGACACGGCCCGCGACGUGUUGGGACCGAUACAGCCAUAUCUGAUGCAGAUUCCUAGGACUCUCAGGAGAUUACGCUGCCCCUCGAACCAGCGUUGGUGCAGCAGCACAGUAAGGGCCUGCUGCACCGUUCGCACAAGGUGUAUAACUAAUCUCAGAUCGUAACACCAAGCCCCAAAGCCUUAAAUGACAAACUCCCGAAAGCCAUUAGGGUACAAAGGCGGGCAACCACCCUCUAUAUUCUCUGGCUCAAAUCCCCGAGCCCACGCAUCCGCAAUUUCAUCGGCAGUCAUUCCACCAGACAGAUGCGUCGAUUGAUUAGCACCUUUACCAAGAGUGACAUCGAAGAAGCAUUCGAUCCAGCACAUGGAUGUCUGGUUCUCUGGCUGAGGGCAACGACUGAAGCAGGGCUCCCCGCGCUUCUGCACAACGUGCGUCAGGUAUCUUCCCUGGCACUCGGCGGUGAUAGUUUUGAUGAUUGUGGGAUUGCGCCAAUACACGCCCUCACCCUCUUUUGUAAGCGAAAACCACAUUCCACCCUGUAGAACCUUGGCAGCAUUGUAAUUCCAGUAUUGGUAGUUCCGACGAACGAAAGGAUUUGGUGGUGGUGCCAUGAUGGCCCCAGGACGUAUCAAUUCCAUACCAACAGGGCCUUUGCCGCAUUUUGAAGGCAGCAAACUAAUACAGGAAUACUCGCAAUCCCGAACUACAUUGCAAUACUGGUACUGUCCAAAGCUGUCUUGCACUUCCACCUCCAACUUGCGGAAGACUAGCUUGCCUGUGGCUUCUGGGUUGAGGCAAUCAAACAAUGCAGGGUCUGUCCGGCACCUUCGCGGAUCAGCCUCACAACGCGAACAUACAGCUGCUAAGUAUACGUUUUUCAAUGUGAAAUCCAUACGCAUCGCCUUUGGUAUCGCCUAGGUUCUUAUCGGCCACUGUAUUCUGGCAACUGUCCUCAAGCACAUCAUACAGGACGACUGUCUUCCAUGUGCUGUUGUCUUGUGAUCGCAGCGCUGCGGUCGGCACUGUGUGAACAGGUGCGCGAUCGAUGUACAAGAGCCUUGCGAUGUCUUCGAGGCCUUGCGAUCGUAAUGUCUGCCUGUCAAUGCUUCUCAAUGAGAUUGCAAGCACAUUCUUCAGCCUCUCCCCGUCGACCAGUGGAUCUGCGGCUGCACCGGUGGAAGAAUUGCGAGCUGGGGCUGCAUCAGAGAGCGUGCCAAGCUCUGGCAAACUAGCGCUCCUGAGGUCUGGUGUCUGCAGUGGAACGCCCAAUGCCUUGUCAACAGAAGGCUUCACACGAGACCGCAAACCGAUUGCAAUGGCCGUAGGCUGCAUCUUAGUGUACGCGGCUUGCACGAUUUGCAUGUACAUUCCAUUGGCGCGAUCUACCAACGGAUAGUAACCAAAAAGACCAGGAUCUGCAUGGAUUUUCGCAGCUUCACACUCUGGUGGGAACGAAUUCCAAGGGGGGUGCGACAAGCAUUCGAAAUAAUUGCACAUCGAAUAGUGCCCGAUCGUCUCUACAAGACUCUUGCUAGCAAGCUGAGCCUUCGUUUUAGGCAUCCAGGGCGGGCCCAAAUAAUCUGCUUCCAUUUGCUCGGCGAUCGCCUUCGGAACGAGUUCAUACGAAAGAUAUGAACGAAGGAACUUGUCGUAGUCAUCUCCAGUUGUGACCAUCCCUGCAGCUAGGAACGGAUUCUUCCCACCCAGCCAUUGCGUCUCCGUCAUGUUUGCGCGGCGAAGAAGGUAAUGCGAAAUCAUAUCCUGGACAGUUGUAUUUGCUGCGGUAGCGGCCAGAGCGCCUGCAACUUGCAAGUGGAAUGAGUUGUAUGAAAAUGUGGUUCCCGGCUCGAACUUGAAGGGAGCUAGACGGUAUAUUUCUUUGGCGCACGCCUCUGGCUCAUAAAAUGGAGCAGCUGGGCCAACCAAGCAUGGAACCUCACCGCUGGGAUCCCAAGCGUAAAACCCACUCGUGAAAGAAAGAAGGUUGCGGAGAGUGACGCGGCUUCUUUUGUCACAUGGGUCCUUUGUCCACCAUGUCCAAACUUCGUGAGCGAACGUGUCAAAUGACAAGUGACCGUCGUUGACAACCCCAGCAAUGGCUGUGGCAACAGGAAACUUACUUGAGGAAGCCAUUAGCAACUUUGUCGACAUUGUUGUCGAUCCCUUCUCAAACGUGUACUUGCGACCACCUGCGCUUCCAGCCGAAAAAGCAAAAUUAUCAGCACCAUGCGUCUUCCGAAGAACAUCUGUUACCUCAGCCCAGUUGUCAACACAAAGGCAGCGUCUCAACGCAAGCAAUAAGUAUGCCUUCCUGCAGUGUGCCAUUCUGAGAAGACGAGAAGUCAAGGCUGGCUUUAGACUGCAACCGUGGUGGCCUGCACCACCCGAAACCUGAGC